GUUGGACCCGGAAGUGCUUCUGUAUUAGAGGCUGAAAGGCGCCGAUGCACGCGACCUGGUAUUGUCCCCGGUAACUGUCCCGGUAACUGUCCCCGGUUCCCCCAGAAUCCCGGAGCGGGUCCCCGCGCAAGUGUCGUCAUGGCGGCGGGAGGCGGGACUGCUCCUUCUAAUGUCGGUGAUGUUGAAGAAGACGCGUCACAGCUGCUGUUUCCUAAAGAGUUUGAGAACGCGGAGACGCUGCUGAACUCGGAGGUCCACAUGCUGCUGGAGCACAGGAAGCAGCAGAACGAGAGCGCGGAGGACGAACAGGAACUGUCCGAGGUCUUCAUGAAGACUCUGAACUACACGGCUCGGUUCAGCCGCUUCAAGAACAGAGAGACCAUCACGGCUGUGCGCAGUCUCCUCCUGCAGAAGAAACUUCAUAAGUUCGAGUUGUCGAGUUUAGCGAACCUGUGUCCGGAGGCUGCAGAGGAGGCCAAAGCUCUGAUCCCCAGUCUGGAGGGACGCUUCGAGGACGAGGAGCUGCAGCAGAUCCUCGACGACAUCCAGACCAAGAGGAGCUUCCAGUACUGAGACCAGGACCUGAACCAGUACUGAGACCAGGACCUGAACCGCUCGCUGGUCUCAGGUCGUCUUGGAUGUGUUCGGUCAGAUUGAUAAUCAGUCACUCUCCAUGUUUUCACUUUACUUCUACAACAAUAAACUUUGUUUUGUGUUUUUCUA